CUGCCGCGCAUGCGCGUUGCCAGGGAGAGAGAGCGGCUAGCAAGAGGGAGAAAACACAGAAAGCGCGCGGCUAACGGCGGCGUUUUAUUUCUAGGCGGGAAGCGGGCGGAGAAGGAGCCGCCAUGCCGAGGGAGAUCAUCACGCUGCAGCUGGGCCAGUGUGGCAACCAAAUUGGGUUUGAAUUCUGGAAGCAGCUUUGUGCAGAGCAUGGCAUCAGUCCUGAGGGCAUUGUGGAGGAAUUUGCCACAGAGGGUACUGAUCGCAAAGAUGUGUUUUUCUAUCAGGCAGAUGAUGAGCACUAUAUCCCGCGAGCUGUUCUCUUGGACUUAGAACCACGAGUGAUACAUUCCAUUCUGAACUCCCCAUAUGCCAACCUGUACAAUCCAGAAAAUAUAUACCUGUCUGAGCAUGGCGGUGGGGCUGGGAAUAACUGGGCCAGUGGAUUUUCACAGGGGGAAAAGAUUCAUGAAGAUAUUUUUGAUAUUAUAGACAGAGAAGCUGAUGGCAGUGACAGCUUAGAGGGUUUUGUGCUGUGCCAUUCCAUUGCAGGGGGGACUGGCUCUGGUUUGGGUUCUUACCUCCUGGAGAGAUUAAAUGACAGAUAUCCUAAGAAACUGGUACAGACAUAUUCAGUCUUCCCCAACCAGGAUGAAAUGAGUGAUGUAGUAGUGCAGCCAUACAACUCUCUCUUGACACUCAAGCGGCUGACACAGAAUGCUGAUUGUGUGGUGGUGCUAGACAACACAGCUCUGAACCGCAUUGCUACUGACAGGCUGCACAUCCAGAAUCCAACCUUUUCUCAAAUCAACCAGCUGGUCUCCACCAUCAUGUCUGCCAGUACCACGACAUUGCGCUACCCAGGCUACAUGAAUAAUGACUUGAUUGGAUUGAUUGCCUCCCUUAUCCCCACGCCCCGGUUACACUUCCUCAUCACAGGCUACACACCGCUCACCACAGACCAGGCUGUAGCCAGUGUUCGCAAAACUACAGUUCUUGAUGUGAUGCGACGACUGCUGCAACCCAAGAAUGUCAUGGUGUCCAUGGGGCGUGAUCGGCAGACAAACCAUUGCUACAUUGCCAUCCUGAACAUCAUCCAGGGAGAGGUGGAUCCCACCCAGGUCCAUAAGAGUUUACAGCGGAUCCGGGAGAGAAAACUCGCAAACUUCAUUCCAUGGGGCCCGGCCAGCAUUCAAGUGGCACUUUCUAGGAAAUCACCCUACUUGCCAUCAGCGCACAGGGUCAGCGGUCUGAUGAUGGCUAAUCACACCAAUAUCUCUUCGCUCUUCGAACGUACCUGCCAUCAAUAUGACAAACUACGCAAACGCGAAGCCUUCCUGGAACAGUUCCGCAAAGAAGACAUAUUCAAGGAGAAUUUUGACGAACUUGAUGAUUCCCGUAAGAUUGUCCAGGAGCUGAUUGACGAGUAUCAUGCUGCCACUCGGCCUGACUAUAUCUCCUGGGGCACACAAGAGCAAUGAGUUGGCUUGUAGGAGAACUCUCUGCCUUCUGUCAUCUUUUCCUCAAGAUUUCUCCAGAUACAUCAGCUCCCACGUCUGUGUGUGAGGGGGCACAAACAGGUCCUUCAUGAAAGGAAGGGAAUUGGAUGCCUUUUUGAUGCUGAUUCUAGGAUUCUUGGCCAUUGGCCUCGAGGUUGUUUGUAUGUGGCACCUUCCCUUAGACCAGGAGUCACCAGGUCUUGUUAAUAGCAAGCAGUUCUAGGGUAAUUUCUUCUGCUUGUUCUUUCUGAAACUCCUUAAGAAGCACGUUUAUCUACUAAGCUGUCUUUCAUGGUGCACUUGUAUUUAUUAAAACACAUUUCUGUUGGCAUA